AUGAGACGUAAUGCGACUCUGACAAAGAUUCCAUUUAAUUAUGACAAACUCAACAAUCUUUACGCACUAUUACAAGUACUUAAACAGAAAACAUAUGUUUCCGAUUUAGAAUCAUCAAGUGGUGAUGAUGGAAGUCAUGCAGGUGAUAUUUCUCAGCCACCUCAAAUAAAAUCAUUACUAGCAUAUGCACCAGAUACAUCAAAUAUUGAUUUAUGGAAUAUAACGUGUAAGGCUAUAGGAAAAGAUUUAUUACGUGUAACAAUGCCAGUUAUAUUAAAUGAACCAUUAGAUUUAUUACAAAAUUUAUGUGAAGAAAUGAAAUAUUGA